AUGGAUGAAAAAGAUGGCGUGAAAACCAAAACAGAAUCACACUCAACACCGCCGACCCGGCCUUCGACGCCGGGCCAGGGCCAGAGUCAGAGUACAACAAGUGAGGGGAUCGGGGAAAACCUCACAACAAAAGUGUUCAGCUUUUUGGCGACGGCAACGCCUGGCACGCUUGGCGGUGUGGCCGUGGGCCUUGCUGCAACGACAUACCUCGUGCUCGGGCGGUUGGGCCUCGUUUUGAUCGGGGCGUUCGGCGGGAUCGUGACCUUCAUACAAUGGGAACAGCGCAACGAUGAAGUAGUCCGCGCUGUCAAGGGUGAGCGGGGGAUUGACCUGCUGGCGCGGGUCUUGGCCGCGAGCAAAGGCUCCGAGGCGGCCUUCGCGAAAGAGCUGGCAGCCGAGGAGGAGGCCGAGACCGCGCUGGUGCGCUCAUUGGAAGACCUGCGGCCCGAAACGCGCGGGGCCAUGACCGAGCUGCUCGACGCCGUUGUCGACAACUACAUUAAGUGGUGGUACACGCCGAUCGUGCCGGCCGACAAGUUCUUCCCACUGGCGGUCCGCAAAACGCUGACGGGCUUCAUGGUGUCGGUGUCCAACCGGCUGAGCCGCAAACGCCCCGCCGAUGCCUUUCUCGAUUUCUUGACGAACUCAUCGUCGAUUCUUGUGGUGUUCAUGUCCGAGCUCUCAAGUGCGUUUGCCGAGGUCCCACCUGAUGCUCAAGUGUCCGCUGCCGAUACCGUCUACAAUUACCUUGCCUCCCACCCCGAGUCGAACCUCUCAACCCUCCUAAACCAGAAGCAACAAGCCCACAAACUCCGUCUGGCGGCCGACGACCUGUUAGGUUUCCUAGACCGGUCUAGCUAUGACUGCGAACCUGCCCGCGUCUUUUUGCGGGAGAUGCUCGCGGGCGUGGCAUUGGAAUCAACACUCCAGUCAUGUUCGAAAGCCGAAUGGAUCAACACGUGGAUUGUCUAUCUGCUGGAGUCCGGAGAGCCCGAUCUCAGCCAGGCUAUUGAUGUCGGUAUGCAGACGGGACCCGGCACGGACGCAGCUUUCGCUGAUCUAGACGGCAAUGUGGGCAACAUUGGGUUAGCCAGGGGGGGUCGUAGCUCGCUCGACAGUGACAGAGCACGGAGGAAGGAUUCCACGGCACAUAAGAAGAAGUUGAGCAAAGCCGAAGAGGAGAUGGAGCUCGCUAUGGAAGAGAUGAAGCGCUUGAAUGAAAUGAUUGCGAAAGAGAGCGCGCACAGUGAGCAACAGGGACUACGGGAAGCUGCAUCGGUCCACAAGAGCCCCGCAGAGGCAUCUAGGAGACCGACCGACGCCCCUAGCCGCACCAUCGACCAAUCGAACAUUCAGAACCGAGGUGCCCAGAAGCCCAGUCUGCCUCAGCGGCUCGACACCUCCAGCGGCCCGAAGAGAACCAGCAGCGAAUCGUCCGGCGCAAACGAUGUCGUCCACACCCCCGCUACCCCUUACUCGGGCGCGACGCCCUCGUCGAGUCAAGGGUCAUCACCCCCCGUGACCGAAGGAUCUCGGUUCACCAGCUUCGACCAAAUCGUACCCCCAGGCCAAGAGGAAGUCGAUGGGGAGGCUAGCAAUGCUCACAAAACACCCCCAUUGACCUUACACAAUGCCACGAUUACCGUCCUGGACGAGCCAGGUGAUGGCCGGAUCCGCACGAAGCCCGUAUGGGACUACCUAGUCCAGAUCGAGCCGGCCACGACCGUCUAUCCUGGGUGGAUGAUUAUUCGCAAGUACAGCGACUUCGAGAUCCUCCAUGAAGUACUACGGCGGAUUGCGACCAUCUCUGGCGCGACCGCGUUUACAGAGAGACACAGCACGUUGCCGUCUUGGAAGGGGCAUACCCGGACGUCGCUGCGCAGCGAGCUCGAACGAUACCUGGCCGAAGCAUGCGGGCACCAGAGUCUGGCCGACAGCGAGGGCCUGAAGAAGUUCUUGGAGCGGGACAACGGCCACCUCCCCAACGCGCCCAAAACGGGCUUCCAGGCGUUUGAGAAGCUGGGCAAGAACAUGCUCGAUGUCUUGACGAGUGCGCCUCUAGAGGGGUCGAAAGCGGUAGUGGGCGGCGUAACGGGGGUCCUUGGGAACAUCGGCAUCGGGCAGCGCAAACCAGCACCGCCCACGCCUUCACCACCGGCCUCGGCGCUGCAAGAUGUCACGGCAGCUAGUCGCUUAUCGAUAUCGACACUUCCCCGCGUGGACAGCAGCGCUUCGUUGAGUGGGAUGCGCCGGGCCCGCGAUAGCCUGGAUAGCCAGCGCUCGUCGGUCAUCGCGCGACAGCCCGGUAAGAUGCCGUCGAUGGAUCGCCGGCCGAGUUACAACUCGCAAGGGGAAGCGGAGCCGGAUAACCCUCGCAAGUCGAUAUCCCUAGCUUCGGCGCGCAACAGCCGGGAGAUGAGCCGAACAUCCAGUCGGCCGGCCAGCCGCCCAGCGAGUCGAGCCCCAAGCCGACCACCAACAAAUCGAUCCCCGUCUAGCCUCUCUUUCGAGGGCUUCCGGCUCCCUCCUCCGCCGGACCUCAUCCCAGACGAUUACGAGACACCGGUAAGUCCGUCCAACGGGCUACCGACAACCUUCCGCCCACAAGAUACCUUCCAACAUCCCAACACCAUCACCACCCCAACGACCGGCCCGCUCGACCCCCAUCAGCGCCUUAACGGCCCGCCUCUGCAGGGCGUCAAACAGCACACCAAGCUCUCCGAGCAAGAAACCCGCGUGGCCGUCGAGCUCCUCUUCGCCGUCAUCAAUGAGCUCUACACCCUAUCCUCGGCCUGGAACAUCCGCCGCACCCUGCUCGCAGCCGCCAAGUCCUUCCUCCUCCGCCCCGGCAAUCCAUCCCUGCUCUCCAUCCAAUCCCUCAUGCAAACCUCCGUUCUCGACGCGCACGCUUCCGACGCCGGGCUCGCGUCGCACCUCAGAAAGCUCCGCGAGGGCGUGCUGCCCACCGAGGCGGAACGGGCCGCGUGGCCGGCCGAGCUGACGGACGAGGAGAAGGAAAAAUUGAGGGUCAAGGCGCGGAAGCUGUUGAUUGAGAGCGGUGUGCCGGCUGCGCUGACGAGUGUCAUGGGCCAGGCGGCGACGUCGGAGGCGCUGGGAAGGCUGUUUGACUGUCUCCAGAUUGAGGAAGUUGCGAGGGGGGUGGUGUUUGGAGUGAUUCUUCAGGCGGUAAGGACGGUCACCCACUGA